AUGCGAACAAGAUUGUCCAAGUCAGCAGAGGGGUCGACGGCAAUGCUGUCUAGAAUGUUCUCACGCUUGUUUCGUGUUAGGACGCGAUUACCGCGCGAUGAGGCAGUCCGUCUGCACGCGGAACACUGGCCAUCCAAAUGCCGCGCGGUAACUGGCUACGUGUGUGCCAUCGUCGUCGUAGACAUACAGUUCGGGCGGCGGGUCACAGGUGGCGUUAGGGUCGCCCGUAACUCUAGCGCUGUCGCCCGGCGCGCCCUGCCCGCAAAAUUUAUGCACAUUCUCAUUACAACGGACUCGCGCAGUCGGCUGCCGCUGCCGAUGAAGCCGUCACCGCGCGACGCAACGGGCACGCGCACGGCCCGCGUAGCAUUAGCGGCCGCGCGAUCCGAUCUCUAUGGACACCGCGACAGGAUUCACGUCACGCCCGCGCGCCGGUCGAAGAUGGCAUUGUUUCAGUCCGAAUUCCUGAUCUAUGACGCGAUCGUUUCAAUCGCGGGCCGAUUUGUCAUUCGCCCCGCGAGCCGCUCGCCGUUUUGGCAAUCCGCGCGCGCGCCCGCCACAUUGGCUAAUACGCCG